AUGGAGCGUCCCGGAACUAUUCUCUUCUUCGGAGACACCUCAACGUCUGUCAUCUCGGCUCUGUCACAGCUGCUGGAGUCCGAGCGCAAGGAUACACUUCUCUCCAGAUUUCUUACGUUGUCAAAGAAUGUGCUUCGAGAUAGCGUCGAACACCUUCCACUGCACGUGCGUCAAGAUGCUAGGAGAUUUACAGAGCUGUAUGACUUUACAGAUCCUCAACAUGGGAAAUCAUCGAGUCUUCGGGUGCUGUCGCCAGCCCUCCUCCUGAUUGCGCAAUUAGGCCAGUUUAUAUCCUGGUACGAAACACAUCCUCACGCCGACUACCCUAGCCCACACAGCACAGUGUACAUUGGACUAUGUGUUGGACAAAUAUCUGCCUCGGUUAUCAGCCUGUCAUCGAAUUUACUCGAGCUUAUUCCUCUUGCGGUCGAGGCUGUUCGACUCGCAUUGAACCUGGGUAGCUUGGUUUUUACGGUCCGAAAUGACCUGGAAUAUGAUACUGAUGGAGCCUCGUGGGCUCUUACUGUGGAGAACAAAAUUAUCGAGAAGCAGCUUCUGGAUUUAUCGCCGGAAGCUUUGGGAAUUCCUCACAGGAAGCAAGCAUAUGUCUCUGCAAGCUUUGAGAAUACCACAACGAUACAAGGACCACCAACUACACUGGCCAGACUAAAGCAAGCUUUGAUCAACCUGAAAGAGGUUAGCUCAAACCUCUCCGGACGCCCUGUCGCCAUCUAUGCACCAUAUCAUGCUUCGCAUCUUUACACAGAAAAGGACGUGCUUGAGCUUAUGGACAGUUCAUGCUCAAUUAAAUAUGCAUACAGCACCGAGACCUGGCACAAAGAGCAACCGGAAAUGCUGUCAACAAGCUCCGGCUCCAGUAUUCCGGUGACCAGUCGUCGAGGUCUAUUGAACGCUGUGCUUGAGGAUAUUCUGAUUAAGCCAAUCGAAUGGAGCAACAUCAUCGAGGGGGCGAUUUCCAGUGUGCAUUCUAUUGGCCACACCAAAUGGAACACCCAAUGCUUUGGCCCUCUUCACUCUCAGAAGUCACUGGUCGCUGCUAUUAGCGCUGGGGCCGAUGUAGAGAUUUUGCUAGCAGACAUGAGCACCCACUCUACAACGAGCCAUAGUGGAGAGCCACUAAAUACCCCCAUUGCGAUCGUCGGGAUGGCAGGCAGGUUCCCCGAUGCAGACAGUGUAGAAGAGUUGUGGAGGCUUCUUGCAGAUGGUAUUGACUGCCACAAAGUGAUCCCAAACGACAGAUUCGACCCCGCAACGCAUCUUUCGAGCGACAAAGGCGCAUCGAUGUACGGUAACUUCAUGAAAAGUCCCGGCAUGUUUGAUGCCCGCUUCUUCAACAUGUCACCCAGAGAAGCGAUGCAGACGGACCCGCAGCAGAGACUGGCCCUGGUAACGGCCUACGAGGCUUUGGAAAUGGCAGGCUAUGUGCCGGGCCGAACGCCGUCUACCCGUUUGGAGCGGGUCGGGAGCUUCUAUGGUCAGACGACGGAUGACUAUAAAGAUGUGAAUAUUGUUCAGGAUAUCGAUACGUAUUAUGUGUCGGGUGUUGUGAGGGCCUUUGGGCCUGGACGCGUCUCACGAGCAAACCAACUUGGAGGACCCUGUCUCAGCGUCGACACUGCCUGUUCAUCAAGUGCAACAGCACUCAACCUUGCCUGCACCUCGAUCUGGAGCAACGAAUGCGACACCGCCGUAGUUGGCGGAAUGAUGCUUCUCAACAGUCCCGAUAUGUACAAUGGCCUUGCUCGAGGACAUUUCACGUCCGACAACGGACCCUGCAAGACCUUCGACGACGAAGCGGACGGUUACUGUCGAGGUGAGACCGUUGCAAGCGUUGUUCUGAAGAGACUCGACGCUGCUCAGGCAGACAAUGACAAUAUCCUUGGCGUCAUCCUGGCUGGCGGCGCGAACUAUUCCGCGUACGCUGCAUCAAUCACACAACCUCAUGCGGGGGCGCAGGAGACUCUUUUCCGGAAGGUCCUGCGCCAGGCAGCCGUGCAUCCUUUCGAUAUAGACUAUGCGGAACUCCACGGGACGGGAACCCAGCUGGGUGAUUCUGUGGAGAUGACAUCCGUUACAAAUGUGUUGGCACCGGAGAGCCCUCGCCGACCUGCAGAUCGGCCAUUGUAUGUUGGCUCAUUGAAGGCAAAUAUUGGACAUGGGGAGUCGGCUUCCGGUAUUUCAGCCUUGAUAAAAGCGCUGUUGCUGUUUCAGAAAGAGAACAUUCCGCCUCACGUCGGCGUUCAAAGCGGACGACUUAACCGGAAGUUCCCGGCGUUGAAUGAGCGAAGAGUGAGGAUUGCUGAUGAUUUGGUUCCAUUCUCUGUUCGGGCUGGUCGCAAACGAAAGAUUCUUAUCAAUAAUUUUGGCGCCGCAGGUACUAAUUCAAGCUUACUACUUGAAGAGGGAUCUUCGGUGUUGGAGAUAAGUAAGCCCAUCGAGCGUGAACACUUGGUCAGCAUCACGGCGAAAUCAGCAACAUCACUUAUCGGGAACUUGAGGAAUGUGGCUGCUUAUCUCGAAAGGAAUCCGCAGACAAGUCUACUUGACCUGGCAUAUUCGACAACAGCACGAAGAGUGCAACACCCGCUCCGGGUUUCUAUUGUGGCCUCUGCUAUUGACCAGGUCAAGGCGCAAUUAGGGCCCAUAAUUGAAAGGCAAGACUUCGGAUCAUCCUCAAAAACACCCAAUCUCGUAUUUGUUUUUACCGGUCAAGGCAGUCUCUACCACGGAAUUGGGAAGCAAUUCUUUGAGCACAAUACACUCUUCAGGACGGAGCUCGCUCGCUUCGAACGUAUUGCUACAGAGCAAGGAUUUCCCCCUUUCAUUGGCGAUGUGGUCAAUGGUACAGGAAAAAUGAAUGAUAUCUCACCAGUGCAAACUCAAAUUUGUCAUGUGGCGAUUCAAAUGACUCUCUUCAAGCUUUGGUCGUCGUGGAAUAUCUCACCCUCCACAGUGAUCGGGCACAGUCUUGGAGAAUACGCAGCCUUGUAUGCAGCGGGAGUUUUGUCCGCCAACGACACGUUGUACCUGGUUGGUACACGUGCCUCUCUGUUGGAGUCACUCUGUACCAGUGAUACACAUGCUAUGCUGGCUGUUAAUCUGUCAGCGGAAAGUGUCCACAGUGCCUUGCAAGACCAGAUGAAAGAUUUAGAGAUCUCUUGUUUCAAUAGUCCCCGGGAUGUGGUUUUGAGUGGCCCCGGUGCUUCAAUUCAGGACGCAGAGAGACACUUGAAAGCGAAUGGUAUAACGUGUACUAUGCUCAAUGUGCCUUACGCAUUCCAUUCCGCGCAGGUCGAGCCAAUAUUGGCGUCUUACAAAGCUGCAGCGAGACACAUUACCUUUUGCUACCCGCGAAUUCCCGUCCUGUCAACCUUACUGGGAGAAGAAGUUACGGGAUCAGACCACUUCACGCCAGGGUAUUUUGCCUUCCAUGCCCGAAAGCCAGUCAAUUUUGUGGGUGCUCUGGAAGCGGGACAAGCAAAGGGAAUUGUGCGACCAGAGUCAGUGUUCCUCGAACUCGGCCCUCAUCCAGUAUGCCUCGGGAUGAUCGGAGUGACACUGGGCUCCCCUGAACGCCUGCUUCCGACUCUUCGACGGAAAGAAGAACCGUUCGCCACAACGUGCAAGACGCUGGCGUCGCUGAACAACAGAGGGUAUGAAAUUGACUGGAAUGAGUAUCACAAUGGGUUCGCGGAUCACCCGAGGCUAUUGAACCUCCCUACUUACGCGUUCGACGAAAAGAAGUAUUGGAUUGAUUACAAGGGUAACUGGCUAUUGCAACGGAAUGCGGACAAAAAUGCCCAUGUGGAUCAACCAGCAAAGCCGUUGACGACCACCGUGCAACGAGUUCUUUCUACAAUGGAAGUUGAGAGCAAACAGGCCUCCGCUGUGUUUGAGUCGGAUCUCGCAGAUCCAGCUCUUCAUUCUUUGAUUGCAGGACAUGUGCUGAAUGGCGUGGCGCUGUGCCCGUCGGGUGUUUUCUCAGAUAUCGCCUUGACUGUGGCAAAUUACUUCCGCGAGAGGUUCGAGUUCGAUGGUCCAGUCUCUGGCAUGAAUGUCGUCGACCUGCAUAUGAUGAAGCCUGUAACAAUGCCAGUCGAGCGACCGAAUCAACCAAAGCUCUUGCGCAUUUCGGGGCAGGCAGAUCUGAGAUCCGGCCGUGUCGAUAUACAAGUUGGCAUGUAUAAUUCGCAAACUGACGAAGUGGAUAAUAACGCGACCUGCCACGUUGAGUUUGGAGAUGCGCAAGUAUGGCUGCGAACUUGGAACAAGCACGCAUAUCUCGUUCUGGAACGAAUGAGUGACCUCGAAAGAGGUGUAGCCAGAGGCAUCACAAGUCGCAUUUCUCACGAGAUGGUGUAUAAGCUGUUCUCGACAGUUGUUGACUACGACACGAAGUAUCACGGCAUGCAAGAGGUCAUUGUUGAUUCAGAGAAGCUAGAAGCAGUCGUCUCAUUGUCGCUGUAUAAGGGUAGCGAUGCUGGAACAUUCUUCUGCUCCCCGCUCUGGCUGGACAAUCUUGCGCAGAUUGCCGGCUUCGUGAUGAAUGCCAUCGGGACUGUCAAUCCACGCGAAUUUACCUACAUUUCCCAUGGCAUUGACACUUACCAGAUCGCGGAGGAAAUCCGUCCGGAUUUGCCGUACCGAGCGCAUGUGCGAAUGAUCCCUGGGGACAGUGGUGUGUUUGCGGGUGAUGUAUCUGUUUUCCAGGGCGACCGGAUGGUCGCUAGCUGUGGGGACGUGAAGUUCAAGAGGAUUCCGCGAGCGUUGAUUGAUAAAAUCCUCUCAUCCAGCUCAACCAGUGCGACGAAUUCAAAACAGUCGGCGCGCAUUGAACCGAAAGCGAAGAAUGUCGAUUACCUUACGUCCAAGAAUUUGAGCUUCAAGGAGGAGGUGAAUGAGCCGAGAAUGCCUGACCUGAAAGCAUUGAUUGCGUCGCAGAUUGGCAUCUCGACGAAUGAGCUCUCUGAUGAUAGCAGGUUCAAUGAGUUAGGUGUUGACUCACUUCUCUCGAUGACAAUCUUGUCGCAGCUUCAGGGCUCGCUUGAGAUUCAGCUCCCGGCCUCGUUGUUCACUGAUUUCCCUACGUUCGGCGAGAUGCAGGACUACGUGCAGAGCAUCUUGCGGGAUCAAACAACUGGCGCUCCGACCCCUGGCUCUGCUAGUCCUGGACCAGCAACUCCACCACCUCUCAGCGAAUACAAGGACGAAUCAGACCGUCAUUCUGUCGACGCCCGCCUUCUAGAAGUGUACACCAUUAUCGCGGACGAGAUCGGCGUCGAUGUCCAAGAGGUCCGCUCCACCGACGACCUAUCAGUUCUUGGUCUUGACUCGAUGAUGGCUAUAUCAAUCACGGCUGCGUUAGAAACUCUCGGAGUCCAUGUUCCCACCGACUUCUUCGGCGACCUGUCUUCGACAAAAGACAUCCACAAUGCCCUGAGCGUUCAAUUCGGCGCGGCACCGAAGCCAGCUUGCUCUUCGCCCAAGAUCCCGCAGAAAACGAGUAAGAAAAGCCCUUCUUCUCUCCCAUUCCCUCCCUCGAUCAUCCUCCAAGAUGCAGCCUCCGCAGUUCAAACCCUCUUCUUGUUUCCGGACGGAAGCGGGCUCGCCACUGCGUAUGCCCGGAUCCCGCCGAUUUCGCCCAACACCCGCGUCUGCGGAUUGAACAGCCCGUUGCUAAACUCGGCCAACAGUCACCUAGCUACCAUUGAGUCGCUCGCGGCGGAAAUGCUCCGGGCGGUGCGGGCCCGGCAGCCUCGCGGGCCGUAUCUGCUCGGCGGGUGGUCGGCAGGCGGAAUGUUUGCUUUCGAAGCGGCGAGACAGGUGCUGGAAGCAGGUGAGCAGGUUGCGGGGCUGCUUCUGAUUGACUCGCCCUGUCGGUUGGUAUUUGAUGCCAUGCCACGCGAGAUCUUGGAUUUAAUCGCCGGGACGGGAGUCAUGAGUGCCGGGGUGAUCGAGAAUUUUGAGCGGACGAUUCGAGCGGUGAAGCGGUAUUGUCCAGGGCCGUUGGGUCAAGGGAUUCCGACGACGCUCAUUUGGGCGAAAGAUGGAUUAGAAAAAGAGCUGGAUAUCACAUCAGUUGAUCUGGACUAUGAUCAGAAGAUCGUGGAGUGGUUGGUCAAGCGAGGAGGUUCACUUGAUACCCAGGGCUGGGAUGCUUUGAUCCCGGCGGGAAGUAUUACAAUUCAGACAGUGCCGGGGAGUCAUUUCAGCAUGAUGCAGGCGCCACAGACUACAAACGUGGGAGCGGCGAUUGCGCAAUCUAUCCAGGACUGGCUUGGUUAG